AGGGGAAAGGGUGCAGGGUUUGAAACAUGGCGGACGACGUGGACCAGCAACAAACUACCAACACCGUAGAAGAGCCCCUGGAUCUUAUCAGGCUCAGCCUGGAUGAGCGAAUUUAUGUGAAAAUGAGAAAUGACAGAGAAUUUCGAGGUAGAUUACAUGCUUAUGAUCAACAUUUAAAUAUGAUAUUGGGAGAUGUGGAAGAAACUGUGACUACUAUAGAAAUUGAUGAAGAAACAUAUGAAGAGAUAUAUAAACCAACAAAACAGAAUAUCCCGAUGCUCUUUGUCCGCGGAGAUGGUGUUGUGCUGGUUGCGCCUCCACUGAGAGUUGGCUGAAACAAAGAAUUUAUGCUACGUGGAAAUUAGGAUACUUUGUAUGAUUGCAUCUUUAAAUGUAGAAGAUAUUCAAAAGAGAAACCUGCGUAAAUUUUGAUAUUGAGAAAUGACCAAGGAUUCUUCUGCUCCUAAAAUGAGUUGGUUUGCACAUAACCUACACAUUCUUAAGCUAAACGGCAUUUUUAUUUUUCUCUAACCCUUCCAACAAAUGUGAUCACCAAGAUGCA